GUACCACAUGGCAGCAUCGCCGUCUCCUCAACCACCUCUCUAUGCGUCGUUGCAAACUUUUAAUGACUGCAAUAGUAGUAACAACAAAGAAACAACAACUUCUUCAUCUAUAAGCAAAAUCAGUCCACUUAUUUUGUUGGUUAUAAUAGUACUAGCAAUUAUCUUCUUUCUCUAUGGACUUAUCCAAUUAGUCCUAUGGUUUCUGAUGAAAAGGCCAUCUUCUUCAUCACAUUAUAAUUCCAACAGAUUCCAAGAAUCCACCCGAACCCGCGCUUUUCAGAGACAACUACAACACCUAUUUCAUUUACAUGAUUCAGGUCUAGAUCAAGCUGUCAUAAACACUCUUCCUAUUUUCAGCUACAAAGAUUUAUUGGGUUUGAAGGAACCUUUUGACUGCGCUGUAUGUCUCUGUGAGUUUUCUGAUCAGGAGAAGCUGAGAUUAGUUCCAAUGUGUAGCCAUGCUUUUCACAUGAAUUGUCUUGACACAUGGCUUCUGUCAAAUUCUACAUGUCCUCUUUGUAGAGCAAAUAUCUCUAGCUGUAGUUUCCCUUUGGAGAAUGUGAGUGUUGAUGAUUCUUUGGUUAGUGAAAGAGAAAUAAUCGUAGAAGAAGAUAAAGUUGGGAAAAGAGUGUUUUCUGUUAGACUUGGAAAAUUCAGAAAUAAUGAAUUGGAGGAUGGUAGUAGUAGUUGUAGUUUGGAUGAGAGGAGAUGUUAUUCGAUGAGUUCGUAUCAGUAUGUGUUUUGCGAUUCAAAUUUGCAAGUGGUUUUGUCUCAAUCUUGUGAUGAUGAAAAUGGGAAUGUAGAGGGAAAGAGGAUAGGGAACACAGCCAAAGUUGAGAGUUUUUCUGUUUCUAAGAUAUGGCUUUGGUCUAAGAAGAACAAAUUUACUAGUUCUAAUGCUGAUUUUCCUUGAUUUUUUUCUUCUUGUAAGAAACUGAGAAAGGUAAAUGUAUGAUAUGAGGAAGCUCCAUUUUCUUGUUCUAAUGCAUCAUGACUUUGUUAAUGUUCUUGAUUUUAAUGUACAAAACUAGGAUUUUUUUCCUAGUACCCCCGAUGAAGCCCAACAUAAACCCUAGAUGAAGCCCAACAUAAAUCCAAACAGUUAGCCUCUCUCUCGGUCCCCAUGUUUCUUUUUUUCUCUGAAUUUCCUUUUUUGUCCUUUAAUAAAAACUUCGGUUUCUAUCUAUCGAUUUUUUUUUGCCUUAAAAAAAAACUUCGGUUUCUAUUUCAUGAAUUUUCACUAUAAAAACUUAAAAAAAAACUUUAAUUUCUGCGUUGCGAAUUUCUUUUAAGGGCAAAAUGAAAUUUUCGAGGAUAUAAAAAAAAAUGGGCAGGAAAAGAAGCUAUUAUCCAAACAUACUCCCACCGUCCUAAAAUAUAAGCAAAAAUUUAUCAACAAAAAUGAAUAUAUUUGAUUCAAAUUUUAAACCAAAUACAUCAAACUUGUUUGACUCAUUUUUACUUAUAUUCGGGUCGAUACCUUGCAAUGUUUUGUUCUUUCUUGCCACUAUAAGUAUAAAGUCCAUGUCACUGUCAAGGACUGCUUACCCAUAGUUGAAAGACACUGACCUAACACUCUUCACUCUUCACUCUUCACUUCACCCCUAACACCCACAACAAUGACGAUUCCUUCAUCGGAGGAAACACCCACCACACCCACCGUUCAUGUCAACAACAUACCACAAACUGUCACCGCCAAAGAUCUCCUCAUUUACCUAGAAUCCGCCAUUGGUCGUUCUUCCAUCUUCGCCCUCGAAAUCUUCAGUGAGCACCACAACUGGAAAUCUCGUGGCACAGGUCGAGUUCAGUUCGAAACAUUCGAAGCAAAAUCAAAAGCCCUAACUCUCUCUAACAAUGAAAAGCUUCUCUUCAAAUCCCAUUUCCUUCGUUUAUCUGAUUCCAAAGAUGACAUUGUUGCUAGACCUUACCUUGCUCGUAAUCGUCUCAACAAUUGUACCCUUCAUGCUGGUUUUCCCAUUGGACCUGAUUGCAUGAGCGUUUUAGAGACAUGGGAAGGUGUUAAAGGUUGGGUUUUGCCGGAAAGGAGCAGACUUGAAUUCUGGGUCACUCAUGGUGGUGACUGUUACAAGCUUGAGAUUCAGUUUGAAAAUAUUCUGGAGUCUGUUGGGUAUUGUGCUGGUGAUUCAAAACCAAAUGCACUUCUCUUGAAGCUGAAAUAUGCGCCAAGGAUAUAUCAACAAAAGAAGGGGCCAGAUGUAGAUGACAAGUUUACUGGUAAUAGGUAUAGAUUUUGUAAGGAUAAUUUUGGGUUUAUGUGGGUGCGUACCACUGACUUCACAAUUUCAAAGUCAAUUGGGCACUCAACCUCAUUUUUUUGGGAAAUUGUGGAAGAAUCGUUUGAUUCUGAUGUUUUUCGAAGUUUGCCGUUGUACAAAGAGAAUUUGAUGGAUCUAUGUCUGGAAGAGGGGGGUAUAUUCUGUUCUCCAAACGAAACAGUUCCUCUUGUUAAGUGUCAUUUGGAUUCCAAGUUACCUUACGAGUCUCUUUUCCAAUUGAAUUCUCUUGUCCACACCCACAAGAUUAGUCUUGGUUCGGUGAAUGAUGAGUUGAUUGACUUGUUGGCAAGCUUGGAUGAAGAAACUAAGGCUGUGAUUUUUCAAAAAUUGCACAAGAUGAAUUCCACUUGUUACGAGCCUCUAAAAUAUGUGAAGACUCAAUUACAUGUGCUUAGUAUAAAGAAUAAAAGUGUUCGCCCAUCACAACACAAAAGGUUGAUGGAUAAUAACAUAAUGAGUUGUCAUCGAGCUUUGAUUACCCCAUCAAAGAUUUAUUGCCUUGGUCCCGAGCUUGAAACCUCAAAUCAUGUGGUAAAGCAUUUUGCGAAAUAUGCUUCAGACUUCAUGAGGAUUACGUUUGUUGAAGAGGAUUGGAGCAAGCUUCCAGUCAAUGCAUUAUCAACCAGUUUGCAAAAGGGAAUCAAGGCAAGGCCUUUGAGAACUGAAAUAUAUAAGAGGGUACUGUCUAUUCUUCAAGAUGGUAUUGUAAUUGGAUCAAAAAGAUUUGAGUUUCUUGCUUUCUCUGCUAGUCAACUGCGGUCCAAUUCUGUUUGGUUAUUUGCUUCUAAUGAUGAAGUGACAGCAGCAGAUAUUAGAGAAUGGAUGGGAAGCUUCAAUAACAUCCGCAGUGUCUCUAAAUGUGCUGCAAGAAUGGGCCAGCUGUUCAGCUCUUCAAGGCAAACAUUUGAAAUGUCCCCUCAAGAUGUGGAAUUAAUUCCUGAUAUUGAGAUCAACUCCAAUGGUACAAGCUACUGUUUCUCAGACGGUAUUGGGAAAAUUUCCCUAUCUUUUGCAAGGCAACUUGCUCAAAAGCUGAAAUUGGAUGAAAAUCGGAUUCCUUCAGCAUUUCAAAUUCGGUAUGGUGGAUAUAAAGGUGUCAUUGCUGUUGACCGCCAUUCUUUUAGAAAGCUAUCAUUGCGUAAAAGUAUGCUCAAGUUUGAAUCCAAAAACAGGAUGCUUUGCGUCACUAAAUGUAGCGAGUCAAUGCCUUGCUUUCUAAAUCGAGAGAUUAUAUCCCUGUUGUCUACAUUAGGGAUAAAAGAUGAGGCACUUUUGGCAUUGCAAGAGGAUCAAUUGCAGUUGCUAGGAAAAAUGUUGACUGAUAGGGAUGCGGCUUUGGAUGUUUUGGAAAGUUUAAGUGGAGCUGAUUCAAAAAGCAUUCUAGUGAAGAUGCUACAUAAAUUUUAUGAGCCAAACGGCGAGCCUUACCUAUCAAUGAUGCUCAAGGCUCAUUAUGCAUACCAGUUAUCUGAUUUGAAAAGCAGAUGCCGAAUAUUUGUUCCCAAGGCCCGAGUUUUGAUAGGCUGCUUGGAUGAAACUGGUCUUUUGAAUUAUGGCCAAGUAUUUGUCCGCAUAACUAAGACAAAAAAUAAGGAAAAAUUUGGAGAUGAAAACUUAAGGGAAGUGGAUGGUGAUGAUAGCACAUGGAUUAUAGUAGGUAAGGUGGUGGUGACAAAAAACCCUUGUCUUCACCCAGGUGAUAUCAGAGUCCUUGAUGCUGUCUACAAUGAAGAAUUAGAAGAAAAGGGUUUAAGGGAUUGCCUUGUAUUUCCACAAAAAGGACCUAGGCCUCAUCCAAAUGAGUGCUCUGGAGGUGAUCUUGAUGGGGAUUUAUUUUUCAUAAGCUGGGACAAAGAUCUAAUCCCAUCUCAAACUGUUGAUCCAAUGGACUACACGGGAAGAAGGCCUCGUAUAAUGAACCAUAACGUGACACUGGAGGAAAUACAUCAAUUUUUUGCUGAUUACAUGAUCAACGAUACUUUGGGUGCUAUCUCCACCGCACAUUUGGUUCACGCUGACCGUGAACCAGAUAAGGCAAGGAGUAGAAAAUGUCUGGAGUUGGCUGAGCUUCAUUCCAUGGCUGUUGAUUUUGCAAAGACUGGAGCUCCUGCAGAAAUGCCUAGAGUUUUGAAACCAAGAGAGUUUCCAGAUUUCAUGGAGAGGUUUGAAAAGCCUAUGUAUAUAUCCAAAGGGGUACUAGGAAAACUCUAUCGUGCCUUAGUUGAUUCAACUUUGCAAGUAAGGUCUAAUACUGUCUUGUCAGAGAAGUUUACCGAAGAAGCAUAUGAUCAUCAACUUGAAGUUAAUGGUUUUGAGGUCUUUCUUGAGACUGCCUUAAGUCACAGAGAAAUGUAUGCUCAGAAGAUGAGCUCUUUAAUGAGCUUCUAUGGUGCAGAGACUGAAGAUGAAAUGCUAACCGGUAACUUGCAAACCCGUGCUUUUUAUUUGCAGCGUGAUAACAGGAGAUAUGGAGAUAUGAAGGAUCGAAUUCUAAUCUCAGUAAAGGAUCUUCAGCGGGAAGCUAAAGAAUGGUUUGAAAGUGAUUGUCAGCCGCAUGAAUAUCCGCUUAUGGCAUCUGCAUGGUAUCAUGUGACCUAUCACACCAAAUAUUACCGUGAAAACUCCACUUUUUUAAGCUUUCCAUGGAUCGUCGGUGACAUUUUGUUGCAUAUCAAGUCUGCAAAUAGCUCCUCUGUCCCAUAAUAACGUUCUCUAGUGCUAUGAGCACCAGAGAAUUUAAAAUCUGAAGACAGACCAUUUUGUUGUAUGACAUAUUGAUGUACUUGUUGAUAAGUUGAUCGAAUUUGGUAGUGGUAUUCUGUAUUUAUCUGUGACUCAAGGUGGUAGUGGUAUCUGUAUUUAUCUGUGACUCUGCUAGAUUUAGUUCUGCUAAAUUAAUAAUAUCUUCAUUGUACUUGCAAA